UUCCUCAAACUUUUGCUAACCAAACACGGCCUUACCGUUGAUUGAAUUUUCCAACAUAUUCGUGGAAGGAAACACAUUUAUCUUGAGUUUUCUUCCCUCCAUCCUGAGAGCACCAAUUUUCUCUCCCAUUUCUUAUUUGCAGUUAGACGAAGGGGAAGGGAAAAGCAAAAAAAAAGGGAAAGAGAGAGACAUCACAAGUACAAAAAGAAAAGGAUAUGGAGAGCGAUUCAGAGAUGGUUCCUUUCCCUUUGUUAUUGACGCCGAUCGAGUCAAACUACAGAGCAUGCACCAUUCCUUACAGAUUUCCCUCUGACAAUCCUCGAAAAGCUACACCUACGGAGAUCGCCUGGAUUGACCUCUUCCACAACUCCAUCCCUUCUUUCAAGAAACGUGCAGAGAGCGAUGCUACUGUUCCCGAUGCUCCUACCAGAGCUGAAAAAUUUGCUGAGAGGUAUUCCAAGAUACUUGAAGACCUGAAGAAAGAUCCUGAAAGUCAUGGCGGGCCCCCUGAUUGCAUUCUGCUCUGCAGACUUCGUGAGCAAAUUCUCAGAGAACUGGGAUUUAGAGACAUAUUCAAGAAAGUAAAGGAUGAAGAGAAUGCAAAGGCUAUAUCACUCUUUGAAGAUGUAGUUCGUCUCAGUGAUGCUAUUGAAGAUGGCAGAAAGCGCCUUGAAAAUCUGGUCAGAGGAAUUUUCGCUGGAAACAUCUUUGAUCUUGGUUCAGCACAGCUUGCUGAGGUCUUUUCAAGGGAUGGAAUGUCCUUUUUGGCUAGUUGUCAAAAUCUUGUUCCCAGACCUUGGGUCAUAGAUGACUUGGAAACCUUUAAAGCAAAAUGGAGCAAGAAAUCUUGGAACAAGGCAAUCAUUUUCGUUGACAAUUCUGGAGCUGAUGUAAUUUUGGGUAUUUUACCAUUUGCAAGAGAGUUACUCCGUCGCGGAACUCAGGUUGUCUUGGCUGCUAAUGACUUGCCUUCUAUCAAUGAUGUAACUUACCACGAACUAAUUGAGAUUGUAUCAAAGUUGAAAGAUGAAAAUGGGCAGCUGGUGGGUGUUGAUACUUCGAAGCUUUUGGUUGCCAAUUCUGGCAAUGAUUUGCCGGUUAUUGAUCUUACCACAGUACCACAGGAGCUUGCAUACCUAGCAAGUGAUGCUGAUUUGGUUAUCUUGGAAAGCAUGGGCCGUGGAAUAGAGACAAAUCUUUAUGCUCAAUUCAAGUGUGACUCGGUCAAGAUUGGGAUGGUGAAACAUCCAGAGGUUGCGCAGUUCCUUGGAGGGCGACUUUAUGAUUGUGUCUUCAAAUACAAUGAAGUUUUAAGUUAAGGAGUCAUCAAUUCUUUCCUCAGGUCUGCGAUGGUUUAUAGAGUUGAUCAUUUGAGACAGUUAGGCUUUAGCAUGUCAAACUUAUAUUAUGAAUUUAAAGAGGAUAGUUUUACCUUUAAUAAAUAAUCAGAAAAAAACAAAUUAUUUUGAAUUAAUAUGGGGGAUUACAUGCACCAUUGUUAAUAUGUAACUUGGAUAGAAAUGAAGAUUAGAUGACUAAGGCGAGUUGUGUAAGCUCGUAAAUGUCAGGAGAGAUCAUCAUUCAGAUAUGUGAGCUUUAUGCUCGUUUUAUUCGAAACUUUUAUGAAACUAUGACCACCUCUUGCGGAGUUUUUUCA